CACACACACACACACACACACACACACACACAUACAUACACACAUACACACCGAUCAACGAGCCUCACCGUCACCGCACUGACAGUCCACAUCUUACCCUGCUGACUCUAACGGCAGAGCCCUUCAGAUAUGGCAGGGCUUCGUUGAGAGAGGCCAAAAAUCUCCCUGCACUAUCAUUCAUCGAACAGUUUGCUUUUGGACAAGCGUCUCCCACAACCCUCCUUAUGCACCGCUGCGGCGUGGAGAAACGGCAGCAGCGCUGAACAAGCAGAAGAAAGAGGACAAGAGUGAUCCCCCCUGAACGGACAAUGGCGGACCGCGAUGCGCUGCCCCUUCCUUUGGAAGUGCGGGCCAGAUUGGCUGAACUGGAGCUGGAGUUAUCGGAGGAAGAAAGAAGUCAUACACAUCUGGGAUGGCAUGAGGGUGACAUCACUCAGAAAGGAUACGAGAAGAAAAGGUCAAAACUGCUUGGGGCAUACCUACCACAGCCUCCAGGGUUUGAGGCAUCUAUGGCACACGAGCGCCGGCCACCGAUGGCACACUCCUCCGCUUCACGAUACCACCGCAGACGCUCCUCCGGCACCCGUGAUGAACGUUACCGCUCAGAUGUCCACACAGAAGCAGUUCAGGCAGCACUGGCCAAACACAAGGAGAGGAAGAUGGCUGUUCCCAUGCCGUCCAAACGGCGAUCUCUAGUAGUACAGACCUCGAUGGAUGCCUACACCCCUCCAGACACCUCAUCCUGCUCGGAGGAGGAGGGCGGCCAGGGUGAGGGUACCCCCACCUCCAGCCAGGGCAGUGUCAGCAUGGAGCACUGGAUCAGCCGGGCCAUCCACCAGGGUUCCACCACCUCCUCCUCCUCUUCUUCGACACAGAGUGGGGGCAGCGGAGCAACGGGACGCCUGGCCGACGUCCUUGCUCAAACGCAUGUUGGCAAAUCAGGGCCGAUUGCUCACCUCUCGUUGAAGAGGAAAACUAUGCUCGGUGUAGCGGAGAAUGGAAACUCGCUGAGACGCUCCUGUGAGUUCGGAUCAGAUCUACUUUGGCCACCGCCCUUGGAGUCGGAGGAGAAUCAUUCGGCCCCUCCAGACGUUACCACCUACACCUCUGAACAUUCUGCUCAGGUGGAGAGGCCACAUGUGUCCACCGUGCCCAGAACCACACCCAAAUAUGGCAACGCCAAACUCAUGGAGACCGGAGAUGGAGUUCCUGUUAGCAGUCGUGUUUCAGCUAAAAUCCAGCAACUUGUGAACACACUAAAGCAGCCCAGACGACCUCCGCUCAGAGAGUUCUUUGUGGAUGAUUUCGAAGAGCUCCUAGAAGUCCAGCAGCCUGACCCCAACCAGCCACGGCCAGAGGGGGCUCAGAUGCUCGCCAUUCGAGGAGAUCCGCUGGGGGUGGUCACCAACUGGCCACCAUCACUGGAAGCUGCACUGCAGCGUUGGGGCACCAUCUCGCCCAAAGCACCCUGCCUGACCACCAUGGACACCAAUGGCAAACCACUCUACAUCCUUACCUAUGGGAAACUUUGGUCUCGGAGCAUCAAAGUAGCCUACAAUAUCCUUCACAAACUGGGCACCAAACAAGAACCCAUGAUCCGACCAGGAGACAGGGUGGCUCUUGUGUUUCCCAACAAUGAUCCUGCUGCCUUUAUGGUUGCCUUUUACGGCUGCCUGCUGGCAGAGGUGGUGCCAGUACCCAUCGAGGUACCACUUACCAGAAAGGAUGCAGGAAGUCAACAGAUUGGCUUUCUCCUGGGGAGUUGUGGGGUUACUGUGGCUCUGACAAGCGAUGCCUGCCACAAAGGCCUUCCGAAAGGACCCACCGGGGAAAUACCACAGUUCAAAGGAUGGCCAAAGCUGCUAUGGUUCGUCACAGAAUCCAAACACCUGUCCAAGCCGCCACGUGAUUGGUUCCCUCACAUCAAAGAUGCAAAUAAUGACACAGCCUACAUAGAGUAUAAGACCUGUAAAGACGGAAGUGUUCUGGGUGUGACGGUGACACGGAUCGCACUUCUAACACACUGUCAGGCCCUAACACAGGCUUGUGGAUACACAGAGGCUGAAAUCAUAGUGAAUGUAUUGGAUUUUAAAAAGGAUGUGGGUUUGUGGCACGGCAUCCUAACAAGCGUCAUGAACAUGAUGCAUGUAAUUAGCAUCCCAUACUCCUUGAUGAAGGUCAACCCUCUGUCCUGGAUCCAGAAAGUGUGUCAAUACAAAGCUAAGGUGGCCUGUGUCAAGUCCAGAGAUAUGCACUGGGCUCUGGUCGCUCACCGAGAUCAGAGGGACAUCAACCUUGCCUCCCUGCGCAUGUUGGUGAUCGCCGACGGCUCCAACCCAUGGUCCAUUUCAUCAUGUGAUGCGUUCCUCAAUGUCUUCCAGAGUAAAGGUCUGCGGCCAGAGGUCAUCUGUCCAUGUGCCAGCUCAGCUGAAGCCCUCACCGUGGCCAUCAGGAGGCCCACAGAUGACAGUAACCAGCCGCCAGGUCGAGGGGUUCUGUCCAUGCAGGGUCUGAGCUACAGUGUCAUUAGAGUGGACACGGAGGAGCGGUUGUCUGUACUCACCGUACAGGAUGUGGGCACCGUGAUGCCAGGAGCUCUAAUGUGUGUGGUCAAACCGGAGGGAGUUCCUCAGCUGUGCCGAACAGAUGAGAUUGGAGAGCUGUGUGUGUGCUCCAUCGCCACGGGAAUGUCAUAUUAUGGGCUGUCGGGCAUGACAAAAAACACCUUUGAGGUUUUCCCCAUGAGCAUCUCUGGUGCUCCGAUCAGUGAAUACCCCUUCAUCCGGACAGGGCUGCUGGGCUUCAUUGGCCCGGGUGGCCUAGUCUUUGUCUCUGGAAAGAUGGAUGGUCUGAUGGUGGUGAGUGGACGGAGGCACAAUGCUGAUGAUAUCGUUGCCACGGCGCUGGCGGUAGAGCCCAUGAAGUUUGUGUACAGGGGCAGGAUAGCGGUAUUUUCCGUGACAGUACUGCAUGAUGAGAGGAUUGUGGUUAUAGCCGAGCAGAGGCCGGACUCCACGGAGGAGGACAGCUUCCAGUGGAUGAGCCGUGUUCUGCAGGCAAUAGACAGUAUCCACAACGUGGGGGUGUUUUGCUUGGCUUUGGUGCCAGCUAACACCCUUCCCAAGACUCCACUGGGAGGGAUCCACCUGUCAGAGACCAAGCAGCUGUUUUUGGAAGGCUCCCUGCACCCCUGUAACGUCCUAAUGUGCCCUCACACCUGCGUCACCAACCUGCCCAAACCCAGACAGAAACAGCCAGAGAUUGGACCUGCCUCUGUGAUGGUGGGCAACCUGGUUUCUGGGAAAAGGAUCGCUCAGGCCAGCGGCAGAGAUCUGGGCCAGAUCGAAGACAAUGAUCAGGCAAGAAAGUUCCUCUUCCUGUCUGAGGUGUUGCAGUGGAGAGCCCAGACCACUCCAGACCAUGUGCUGUUCACUCUGCUCAGCUCAAGGGGUGCAGUCCUGAGCUCACUGACGUGUCUUCAGCUGCAUAAGCGGGCGGAGAAGAUUGCAGCAAUGUUGACGGAACGAGGCCACCUGCAGGACGGUGAUCACGUUGCGCUUGUGUACCCGCCUGGGAUAGAUCUGAUUGCUGCCUUUUAUGGAUGCCUGUAUGCCGGCUGUGUACCAAUUACCGUGCGUCCACCACACCCGCAGAACAUCUCCACCACCCUGCCAACUGUGAAAAUGAUUGUGGAGGUGAGCCGGUCAGCCUGUGUGAUGACCACACAGAUGAUAUCCAAGCUCUUCAAGACGAAGGAGGCAUCUGCAGCAGUGGAUGUCAGGGCAUGGCCUCCUGUUCUGGACACAGAUGAUCUGCCAAAGAAGAAGCCCCCUCAGCUCUACAAACCCUCCAAUCCAGACACACUGGCUUACCUGGACUUCAGUGUCUCCACUACUGGAAUGCUAGCAGGAGUAAAGAUGUCCCACACAGCCACCAGUGCCUUCUGCCGCUCUAUAAAGCUCCAGUGUGAGCUGUAUCCCUCUCGUGAGGUGGCCAUCUGCCUGGAUCCAUACUGUGGCCUCGGCUUUGUCCUCUGGUGCCUCUGCAGUGUGUAUUCAGGGCAUCAGUCCAUCUUGAUUCCUCCGUCCGAGCUGGAGGUGAACCCUGCUCUCUGGCUACUGGCUGUCAGUCAGUUUCGGGUCAGAGACACUUUCUGUUCAUACUCUGUCAUGGAGCUUUGCACCAAGGCGUUGGGCCUGCAAACAGAAUCCCUCAAGUCCCGUGGACUUGACCUGUCCCGUGUAAGGACAUGUGUGGUUGUCGCCGAGGAAAGGCCCAGGAUAGCCCUCACCCAGUCCUUCUCUAAACUCUUUAAAGACCUGGGUCUGCACCCUCGAGCUGUCAGCACUUCCUUUGGAUGUAGAGUCAACCUUGCCAUCUGCCUGCAGCCCCACAGGCUCGGGAAGCUUGCAGAUCAGGGGACAUCAGGGCCAGACCCGACUACUGUGUAUGUGGACAUGAGAGCUCUCCGGCACGACAGAGUGCGGCUAGUUGAACGAGGAUCUCCACAUAGUCUCCCCCUCAUGGAGUCCGGAAAGAUUUUACCUGGAGUUCGAAUCAUCAUCGCCAAUCCUGAAACCAAGGGUCCACUGGGAGACUCCCAUUUAGGGGAGAUCUGGGUUCACUGCGCUCACAACGGCAGUGGUUAUUUCACGGUGUAUGGAGACGAGGCCCUGCAGUCUGAUCAUUUCAACUCGCACUUGAGCUUCGGGGAUACGCAGGCCGUGUGGGCGCGUACCGGUUACCUGGGCUUCCUUCGAAGGACCGAGCUUACAGAUGCAAGCGGAGAACGGCAUGAUGCUCUGUAUGUAGUGGGUGCUCUGGAUGAGGCCAUGGAGCUGAGAGGAAUGAGGUAUCACCCCAUCGACAUCGAGACCUCGGUUAUACGCACCCACAAGAGCAUCAUGGAGAGUGCGGUGUUUCCCUGGACUAACCUGUUGGUGGUGGUCGUGGAGCUAGAAGGUUCAGAACAGGAAGCAUUGGACCUGGUUCCAUUAGUGACUAAUGCAGUUCUGGAGGAGCACUACCUAAUCGUGGGUGUGGUGGUCGUUGUAGACAUUGGCGUCAUUCCCAUCAACUCUCGCGGAGAGAAACAGAGGAUGCACCUGCGGGACGGCUUUCUGGCCGACCAGCUGGACCCCAUCUAUGUGGCAUAUAACAUGUAGCAUGAGUGUAUGUGUGCGUUUGUUGCGGUGUAUGUUUGUGUGUGUUUUGCCGACUGCACAUAGAUGUUCAGACGGACUUUAGCAAAUACCCAAAAACACAAGGAAAAUUUCCGAGACGUGAUCACAAAGCCAAACGGAAAAUCUAAUUGGCAGAAGUAUUCAGUCUCCUUAAUGGAAGAAGAAUCGCCUCUGCUUUUGCCUGUGUGCGUGUCAAGUUGUUUUCAUGUGAGGUAUUGCAACGUUGUUUUUAUUUUUAUCCCACCCUACAUGAGCAAAGGGGUAUUUUUAAAUAUCUGUAUACUGUGGCGAAACGUGCAUUUUAAGUUUCAGGAUUUCAGUUUGGAGUAACUUGUUGAAAGUGGACAUUAUAUCAAAAACUCUGGAUGCCAUUUCUGUCCUUUUUAUUUUAAAGAAGGUACAAAAGGAAUUGUUACAUUUGUAUGUACGUUGCAGCCGUCCUUCAGCAAUUUGCCAGUUUCGUUUUUCAGCCUUUGUAAAUGUUCCCGGAACAGCUGGAAGCAAAAGAAAAGAAGAAAAUUGUCCCCUGCUUUUUCUAUUGCUCCAUGUUUAAUAUCAUUGUACAAAGCUGAAGGUAAACACAAAUUCGGUUGAUAAUUGUGUAAUUAUGUACAGAUAAUAGUUCUUAUUUAUUUUGUUUUGUUUUGUUUUAUAGAAUUGCUGAGUGAAGACAUUUGGAAAUGUUUUCCUCAUUAAAUAAUAUUGCUGAUAUAAAACAUUGUAUCAUCUUGAGUGAGUAGUAUCACAUCAAGUAUAUGUAAAAAUAUAAAUAUACAUAUAUAAAAUAAAUAUAUAUAUAUAUACAUCAAAUAAAAUCUACGAAUCACCAAUGAAAUAUUUCUAAUGCAGAAACUUUCCACUUGCAUGGUUGUAGACAGAAAAGCCGAUCGACUGAUCGAACAGAUCAACGUUACCCACGCGUUCGAUACGAACUAUCAAUAGGAAUUUCAAAAUAUGAUGUCAGACAUCCAGUAUGUUUCAAAUAAAGCGUGUAAACUAAUGGCAACAAACAAUAUUUGUUUUGUGUAGCUCCAACAAAUGCUUUCGUUUUUCUAAUUAAAUCUAAAACGCGACGCCCUUACAAGUGAAAACGAACCCGAAAAAUGUGCCUGGAAUUUUGUUUACAUUCUGCUUUUACAACUUUUCAAAGCUGCAUCACCACUUAGCUUUUUUAUGUUGUUUUUAUUUGCUUUGAUUGAAUUUUAAGCUUGUUUUUUUAUGUUUAAUUUGGGUGAUUAUUUAUUGACACUGGCUUUUUACACAAAUGUGUUUUUUUGUUUAUCGGUUGUUUUGACAACAGUAGUAAAAUAUCAGUACGUCCCUAGCAAAGUACUGAUUUUCCAGUAGUUUACUUAUCCUCACGGAAACCUUGGUGCAGCUUGUGCUUUUAGCAGCAAAGUGUGCGUUUUCAUUUCAAAUGUGCCAGACUAUAAAGCAGAUUUUGCCACUUUCGUGAAUUAUUUACCUAAAUGCCUCGCCCUUUACUUUCUAUUCCAGUCAGCUCACGUGAAUGGAUUAAGCUCAUUUUUUUUUAAUUGGCUUAUUUGGGAAAUACAUGACAAAUAACAGCUAAGAGACUGUUUGCACAUGCAAUUUAAGCAAAGCGUGAAACAAGAACAACUGGCUAUAAUAAUGCAAACAAAAAUUGAGUGAUUAAAAAAAUGAUUGUGCCAUUCUUCUGUAUUGUACCAGCUGCAUUAGAAGGGAAAUCCUUUUUGAAAUUUUCAUAUAGCUGUUAAUCCGUUAAAUCUCCACGACGAAACGGAGUAGUCUGGAUUUUAUUCUGUUCUUUUGUUGAGAUAAUACGGCAGUCUUUUAUUCCAUGAUCACAUUAUUUCCAGAAAAUAAUGGUGAAGAUGCAGAGGUGGGGAUCAUACAGCAAUCAGCCUCAUUGAGGUCCAGUUCAAGGCACCCUUUUUUUUGGGGUGGGGAGAAUUGGUGUAAUAGGGAUUGAUACGGUGUAUGGGAAUGGAGUUUACACAUUCAGAGUAACAAUGCAAUGUUCUCUCUUUUUUUUUUUUUUUUUAAAACACAAAGGAAAGAAGUCUUAAAUUGUUUGGAAGCUUUUGUGUUGCUAUUCCCAUACAAACAGAAAUGUUUCCCCAUUUACAAAAAAAAAAAAAAAAGUGUGCUCAACUUUCAACCUGUGAAGAUAAUUCCCUUUUUUUGUUGGAAAUCUGGACUUGUGUGAGAGAGUCUGCAUGGUGUCUGUAAAUAUUGUUGGUUAGAGAAAAAAAAGACAAAAAACUAAAUUUAUUUUGUAUGGUGCAGGUGUGUUUGAAAUUGUUUUGUACACAUGAUUAAAAGUAUUAAAUUACACUUUUAUAGAAGCCUGCUUUGGCCUACCUUCACAAAAUAUGGUGCAAUAAAGUGCUUUGGUAAUUUGUGGUUGGUAAUUUUACAAGAGCCCUAUUCAUUGGUCAAAAAUGUAAUUUAAAGUUUGUGUAAUUUUUGCAAUUAAAUUAUGUACUUCACCUAAAUAUAUUAGGUUUAAAGGAAUAUUCUGGGUUAAAUAAAGGUUAAGCUCAAUUAACAGAAUUUGUUAUAA